AUGGGGGCGAAGAAGGUGGGGGUGGGGUACGGCCCUGUGGGGGCCCUCGUCGCCGCCGGGGGGGUUUCCGGCGUCGUCGUCGACGUCGGUUUCACCGCGGUGCGGGUGACCCCCAUCCGACAGGGGGUUCCCCUCCCCGCCCUCGCGCAACGCCACCGCUCCGUCGGGGCCGUCUUCCUCGACCAGGACGGAUCCGGCGAAGCCGGGGGAGGCCGAAAGGAGGAGACCCGCUCGUUUGCCCGCGAGAUGCGGCUUCCGGAUGGGAAUGGGGUGCGGGCGCCCUGCCCGCUCACCAAAGGGGCGUGCCGCCUGCUCUACUCCAGCACCGUCAGCGUCCCGGAUAGUUUUCAGCACGCGUAUCAGCGUUUUAAUAUCGAGUACCCGGGCUCCCCGCACUGGACGGGGUUCGGUGGGGGGGCGGCAGUGUCUGGCGUGCACGACGCCCUCGCGGGCGCGCUUGCGGGGUCGCUCGUGCUCGACGAGCCGGUUCAGCUGCCGCUACAGAAUCCCCGCUACGCCCCUUUAGAAGGGGCGACGAUUCUUACCCAGCUCAACACAUUUAAAGCGAUGUGUAUCGGGGUGGAGACCUAUGCGGAGGAUGGACCGGAGCGGUGCGUGCAUUUGAAAAUUUUGGACCCCAGAUGA